AUGACUUCGCAUGCUGGAUGGCGGUCUUCAAGUGCGUUCGUUACUUUGGUUGUCUGUAUCGCCAUCUUCACGGACGUCUUUCUCUAUGGGUUGAUUGUUCCCGUGCUGCCCUUUGCCCUAAAGGUGCGAAUAGGACUAGACGAGCACGACAUUCAACUCUGGGCCUCGACCUUUUUGGCUGUUUAUGGAGCCUCAGUUCUCUUAGGAUCUUUGCUCUUCGGGUGGAUUGGAGACCAUACCAAGACGAAACGAGGCCCCUUUCUAUUGGGUCUGAUCGCAGAGGGGGGUGCUACCCUCCUGACGGCUACGACAACCUCUCUUCGUUUGUUCCUUUUUGCACGGGUCCUACAAGGAAUCUCCACAGCCAGCGUCUUCACAAUCGGCUACAGCCUACUCUUCGACACAGUCGGAAGUGAGCGUAUCGGCAGCGCCCUUGGCUUCACAAACAUGAGUCUAAGUCUCGGGCUCUUUGCAGGUCCAAUCAUCGGGGGAUUCAUCUACGAAGUAUCCGGUUAUCUGACCGUCUUUGCCCCCGCAUUCGCACUCAUAAUCUUAGAGAUUUUCCUCUGCAGACUCCUCCAGCCACCACCGCCCCGAUGUAAACACCAUACCUCGAACGAGCACUUGCCUCUAAUACAGCAUCUCACACCCGGAGAGCCGUCACUCCCUGCCCUCAUCAUCCUCCUCCGCUCUCCACGGUUCCUAAUCGCCAUGAUAGGCUUGUGCAUGCUGAAUACCGUCAUUACUGCCCUCGAAGCCGUCCUACCAUUUUACCUCCAGAAACUCUUCGACUACACAUCCGGCCAAAUAGCCACCGUCUUUCUCUCCAACUCACUCCCCCUGAUGAUUCUCUCCCCACUCGCCGGUACCUGCGUCGAUCGGAUCGGCCCCUUUUGGCCAGCAGUGGUAGGAUUCUCCCUGACAGCACCGAGCCUGAUGCUCCUAGCCAUGAUCCAAGAGGAUAAACCUUUAUUCUCGGUAUUACUACGUGUGUUUCUAUUCUUAUUCGGAUCCGGGGUAUCAAUGGCUAUGCCAGCCAUGAUGACAGAAAUCAGCAUGGCGACUGAGGCACUUGAGAAGGACCAUCCAGGGGUCUUCAGUACCCGGGGAGUAUAUUCGCAGGCAUAUGGGUUGAGUAAUGCUGCUUUUGCGGCGGGUGCUCUUGUUGGGCCGCUUUAUGCGGGGUAUAUUCGCGAAUGGGCUGGUUGGGGGGUUAUGACUGUUUCUCUUGGGGUGGUUAGUGUUGGGAUGGCUGUACUGGUUGUCUUUUUCAUGGGGCGGGAAGAGAGUAGUCGGAGUGAGUGCGGUGGGGUAGAUGCUUAA